AUGGCGAUCCUCGAAGGCGCCCCAGGCAUCAGGGUCACUAUCGUGUCACAAGGAAAGGCACUCAAAGAAUAUGAAGAUGACGAUGGGUUUAGGCGCGGAGAAUAUGAUGUCCCAGUAGAACGGAUUUCUACCACGUAUAUUGAAUGUGUUUCGGAUGAGGAGUUCCGGAUUGAGCUUGAGAUUACACCUGAUUACAACCCUGCAGGCAAGCAUACACAUUUGAGUUUCAGUGCAUAUGUUGAUGGGAUGUCGGUCGCACGCUGGCCCACUCCUAAGGCGCCAGGCGUGAAAUACUAUAUUGAUGCCGCCCUUACCCGAUUAAACAAGAGAGAAAUAUCAUGUCGAACAUUGAAGUUCAGUCAGAUUAGGAAAGUUGAUGAUGCCGAUUCCACACGCGUGAAAUCGGAUGCCAAACUUGCUGCUAACCUCGGCGAAAUCAUUGUCUAUGUUCAUCACGCGACGGAAAAAAACAGUCGGGAUAAGGAAAGCGGUGGCCCAGGCGAAUUUCAAGCCGUAGAUGAAAUUUCAGAGAAGGCAUUGAAAGGAAAGUCAAUAUCCCACUCCAUCUCAUUUGGGGCUGCGAAGGUCAUCCAGCAAACUCCAUCGCGCGAACUGGUAUACCCAGAUGGCCGUCACUCACCGCUUGGUAUUUUCAGAUUCAAGUAUCGAUCACGAGAGGCUCUCCAACAGGAGCUAAUAAUCGCCCGUUCCCCAUCGCCCGAGGCUGUUGCUAGCCCCAUCAAUGCCCGUGAUCCUAACGUGGCCAGUGGCAGAGUUUCUGCCCAGGAGCGAUUGAUUCAGUUGAAGCGAGAAAUUGAGCAGAUAAAAUCCGAAGUAAAGGACGAGGAGGAGGACGGCUCCCCGAGAGGCCGGAAACGUCGAGCUGAUAACUUCGAGAUUGAGAGUUGCGGCCGAGCCUACAAGACAAGUCGGCACGAGAGCGGAAUGCUCGUUGUCGAUCUGACUGACGACUGA